AGUAGUCUUACUUUUUUUUCCUUCUCUUGUUGACGAGCUCCUGUCUUUUGCUAGCACCGCCUUUCUGUUUGAGGGACUUAAUGCUGCCGCAUACUUCCUCUGCCGCGCAUAUGAACUGGUGUUGAAAUGGGGAAACUAUUGAUUGUAUUUGCGCUUAUUGCAGUUUUCGUGGCAUUUAUCGGACAAAGAAUCAUUACAUUAAGGAGAGUAUGUCUAGCUUCCAGAGAAGUUAUUCAAAAUCAUCUGCCCAACUGUCGCCACCUUAAAGGCCUUGAAUAUGGAUCAGAGGACAUAACGGUGCUUCCACACGGACUUGCAAUUAUAAGUACAGGAUUAAAGUAUCCAGGCAUGAUGUGGUUUUCCGAUUCCCCGGGGAAGAUGUACACGGUAGAUCUGCACGAUCCACGUCUGAAACCAGUGGAACUAAAGAUUGCAGGAGCCUUUGACAUGCACUCUUUCAACCCUCAUGGAAUUAGUGUUUAUAUUGAUGAUAAGGAUCACUCGGUCUACUUAUUCGUUGUUAAUCACCCUCAAGACAACAGUCAAGUAGAAGUUUUUCGAUUUGUGGAGGAGGACAAUUCGAUUGUGCAUCUGAAUACUAUUCAACAUGAAUUGCUUUAUAGUGUGAAUGAUGUCGUUCCAGUGGGUGCAGAUAGAUUCUAUGCAACAAAUGACCAUUAUUUUUCCAACGCCAUAAUGAAAAAUUUAGAGCCUCUGAUUGGCCGACCCUGGACUAAUGUUGCCUACUACAGCCCAGAUGAGGUCAAAGUUGUAGCUGAGGGAUUUUUUAUGGCCAAUGGUAUCAACAUCUCUCCUGAUAAGAGGCAUAUAUAUGUUUCUGAUAUCUUUGACUACAAAAUUUACGUCAUGGCAAUUCAAGAGAACAAAAACCUUACUCUAUUAAAGUCUGUGGAUACCGGAUCGUUGUGCGACAACGUUGAGGUGGACCUGGACACAGGUGAUUUAUGGCUGGGGUGUCUCCCUGACUGCUGGAAGAUGCUGCAUUACGACCCCGAGGAUCCACCUGGAUGUGAGGUGAUUCAAAUCCAGAAUGUCCUUUCAGAGAAGCCCAUCGUGAAGCAGGUGUACAGCGAUAAUGGCACCAUUAUUCAGGGAUGCUCAGUCUCCGCCUUUUACAGGCACAAGCUUUUAAUAGGAACUGUCUUCCAGAAAGCACUCGUCUGUGACAUGAAGUAGUUUUGUGUGUGCAUCACCCCCAUAACAUGGAAUAUUAAUGAUCAUCUAUGUGUGACUACUUUAAAAAGAGGCUGUGAAUUUCUGAAUCUGUGCAUUCCUUCAAAGAUGUUACGUGUUUUGUUUUACAACGGAGCUAUUCCAUCAUCGGUAGAAGAAAAAAAUACAAUGAAGGAUCUUUUCAGCUAAUACGCAUAGUAAAUGCAGCUUUGGAAAUUGUUCUCCAAAUGUCGUCUCGUUAUACCAACAUCCCAGCACUUUUGUAAAGAAAUAAUUUCACCAAUAAUCUUUCCUUAUUUCAGUUUAUGGGUUUUCAUGCGUGUGCUGCUCACCCAGGACAUUUUCAUAUAGUUGAUUGAUUGGAAUAAGACAAAACCAUGUUAUAUUUCAUUAUUUUACUGCAGUCACGUGUGUUUGAAUUGCCAUUUACAUUAAUUUACAAAACAGAAUGUUUGUUUUCCAGAGACUGUAUUUGAAAACACAUUAAUUUAAAAUUCUUCUCUUUGCCCAAUCAUUAA